GACUCCGUGAAGAGUGCUGCAAAAGCAGUCGCUGGGAACCUGUUCAGCUUGUAUGCAGACAAGCCCAGUGGCGGGGGAAUUAAAAUCUUGAGCGGAAUUCCGGGUCUUCUAACAUAUCCUCCAUACUACUGGUGGGAAGCUGGUGCCAUGUUUGGACAGUUCAUUGAUUAUUGGUAUUACACCAACGACACAACCUAUAAUGAUGCAGUCAGAGACGCGAUUCUGUUCCAAAUAGGCGUACAAGCAGAUCUUAUGCCCUCGAACCAAAGCAAAGACGAAGGAAACGACGACCAGCUCUUCUGGGCCUUCUCUGUAAUGUCCGCCGCCGAACUCGGAUUCCCGAACCCUCCUUCCGACAAACCUGGCUGGCUCGCUCUCGCGCAGUCUGUCAUGAACCAACUCAUAAAGCGCUGGGACACUACUCAAUGCAAAGGCGGCCUCCGCUGGCAAAUAUACCAAUGGAUCGGCGGGUAUAAUUACAAGAACAUUGCUGCGAAUGGCGGCAUGUUCCAAUUGGGCGCGAGGUUGGCAAAGUAUACCGGGAAUGCGACGUAUGCAGAGUGGGCAGAGAAGGCGUUUGAUUGGCUUAUGCAGAGCCCAUUGUUAACGAAGGAUAUGCAAGUCUAUGAUGGGACGGAUGUGUUGAAGGGAUGCGUGGAUGCGGAUCAAAUGCAAUGGACGUAUAAUUACGGCAUCUUGAUUGCUGGGACAGCAUACAUGUACAACUACACAAACGGCAACUCGACCUGGGGUGAUCGCCUCUCUGGUUUCCUAUCCCACAUCCCAAUAUUCUUCCCCAAAGACCAAAAAGGCGUCAUGGUGGAAGUAGCUUGCGAGGUCAACCAGAAAUGCGACACAGACCAAUGGUCCUUCAAAGCAUCCUUCUCCCGCUGGCUAGCCGUCUGUGUACAACUCGCACCCUUCACCUCCGCACAGCUCACCCCCCUCCUCCAAGCCUCUGCCAAAGCUGCCGCCAAGCAAUGCAACGGCGGCAAAUCCGGCACCAUGUGCGGAAGCCGCUGGUAUUACGACAGCUAUGACGGGAAUGGCGGGGUCGGCCAAGAAAUGAGUGCACUGGGGAUUAUUCAGAGUAAUCUUAUCAGCCAAUCCAGACCGCCGUACUCGGCGGAUAAUGGGGGAACGAGCAAGGGGAAUCCAGCGGCGGGGACAGGGGAGAGCCAAAGGCCGAAGGAUGCGCCGAAGGUGGUUACAACGGGGGAUAAGGCUGGCGCGGGGGUUUUGACGGCGUUGGUAUUGGGGUUUACGGUUGGGGUUGGGUGGUGGCUGAUUUCUUGA